AUGAAGUCACCAUUGAUUGUUUUCGCCUUAUGUCUUCUUUUCACAGUUUUCGCCACGGCUUCUGCUUCUUUGAUGUAUGCACCAAGACAAGCAAUUAAACGUGCGGACGAGUGGAGGGUUGCCAGAGCAUCAAUAAUGGAGCAUCAUUUUGUUAAACGUGAUGGCGAAAACAAUGGCACCACCGCUACCGACAGCAAUGUUGAUAAUACCAAUAGCCCUAAUGAUCCUCCUGUGUAUGCUGGCGAACCAGUAGCGGCAAGCUAUGUAGUUCCUGACGAUCCUGAAAAUAAGAAUUUAAUCGCUGAACAGAAUGAGGAGGCUGAGAAUAGGAAAAAGACUAAUUCAUCUACACCAUCCGGUAACGGUGUAGGUGCAAAAAUAACCUUCUUUGAAGGCCAAAUGCUUAAGAAUGCAUUUUGCUAUGGAGAUGGAAAACUACCAGCAUAUGAUGCCAAACCAACAGAUAUGAUCGGAGCUAUGAGAAUGAUUGGAAAAUCGAUGUGUUAUAAAUGUGUAGAAAUCAAAUGUGGUAGUAAAUCCACUAUUGUGAAGAUUAUUGACGCUUGUGCUACAUGUGGCAGUAGAGAUGAUAUUGAUUUGACCCUUGAAGCUUUUAAACAACUUGCACCACCAGUUAAGGGAAUUGUUCCAAUAACUUGGCGUCCUCUUGCUAGUUGCCCAAGCGAUGGAAAAUGGCCAAAAUUCGAAGAGAAAGAUAAUAAAAAUGAUAAUAAAAAUGAUAAAAAAAAUGAUAAAAAUUAA